AUGGGCGGUCGGGCUGUUACUGGUACUCGCGUUGAAAUGUUGAUUUCGGGGCUGCUGCCGUCACGAAGCGGUCAGAGGGCGACGUGGCAAGUGAGAAAAAACGAGUGGGAAAUUACGGAGCCAUUUCUGAUCUGGCAUUCUACGGGUGUUACGAUGCUUGAUGAUGGCUUUGUAGUGGGUGAGGACGUUGAAUCGGGCUUUUUGGCGCAGCAAGACGCUUGA